AUGAAAGCGAAGGACUUUGCGAGGGCGGUCCAACUGUACGAAGACGACGAGAAAGACGAUACAUACGAGGUUCACGUGUACGCCGGGAAGAGUUACUUCGAACUCAAACAACACGCGAAGAGUCGAGAGUGUUACGUCAAGGCUGCUCGAAUCGACUCGGAGAGAGAGCAAGCGCACAAAGGGAUCGUGGAGGUUGGAUUUGAUGGCGACGACGACGACGUGAAAUUCGUUGAGGAAGAGGUCAUUCCGUCGGUUACGUUUUUACUCCAAAAAGCGUCCGAAACAGAGGACGUGGAGAAGCAAAAGCAGUACUUGGGAAAGUUGGGCGACGGGUACGCGAGGUGCGGGGAACAUUUGUAUUUGGAAGCGGCCAAGGCGUAUCGAGAUUUAGAUGAUUUGAUGUUGAAAGAGAACGACGCUUCUUCGGUAGGCGGCGCGGCAGCUGCGUGUAGCAUUAAAGCGGCGAAAUGCGCGGUGCUGUUUACGGAAGGAAAAGCGAAGUUGAGCGCGAGCAAAGCCGUCGCCGAUGCGAAAUCUAAAAUGAUCGUCUCGAGAAAAGACGAGAUUCGGAUUGCUAAGGAGGCGUCGAUCGAGUGUUUUGCGAGUCUGGCGAUAGAGACGAUUCCGUUUUUGGACGGGUACUUUCGUACGAAAGCAAAGCCGAAGAAAGGAGACGACAAAGUAGAAACGAGCAGCGACGAUGUGAAAGAUAUCGAAAAGUUUGCCAUAAAGCUCGCGCGCGCUCGAUUGGACUGUGGCGCCAAAAAUGUUGAAGAAAAUGGUAAGAAGGAUGCGUUGAAAUUCGCAGACGCGAUGUUGCAUGAUUUCAUGAGCAGCAAAAGUUCUGAGAGUGUGGUCGUCGAUGAAACAAACGUUUUGGCGCUCGCUUUAGACGUCGUCGCUUUUACGGGGGAAUACCUUGGCGACGAAGAGGAAGGUUGGAACGAUGAUUCGUCAUCAGAAGAAUCUCCCCUCGAAACCGCGAUAAAAGAAUACGUAAAAGACGCAGACGUCGAAAAUCCGCUUUGGGUGUUGUUCACGGCGUGGACUGCAAAUCAAAAUCACAGUCGAGGGUCGUUCCAUCGUUCGUGUCUUGGGAACGAUCUCGAGUGUCACCAUGAAGGGACGAGAGUUGAAUUAGGCUCGAGGGAUGCAAAGAUGGACAAAGAGGUAUACAGAUUGUUUGACGCUAUGGAACGCUCCAUUGAUGCGGACGGCGAGAGCGAUGAAGUUCUAUCUUCGACUUCGUAUUCCACUUUACAACUCGCCAUGGUUUCGAUGCUCUUGGCAGAGUCUCGUGCGUAUCUCGGCGACGCUUUAGGCGCGCUCGACGUUGCUGGACGCGAUGCGGUUUGCUCGGUUUUGGGAUUAGCAAAAACGCAAAAAAGAGCACAAUUACUACUCGCUGAAUCACACGCCAAGCUUGGGCGACCGUUUGAUUACGACGCGAUCGUUAAAGCAUCGCCGGCGAGAGGUUGUCGCAUUCGCGCGUAUUAUAUUGCCAUUACGAGCGUUGCCCGGGAUGCCAAGGCGCAAAAACUGAAAUGGUUACGAAGCGCGUACGAAGCAGCGCCUCGGAGUCCAAGGUGUGCGUUUGAGUUUGCGUGGGCAUCCGGAAACGUCGAUGCGUGCGAACAGAUUGUUUAUUCAUGGAUAGAUGCGCACGAAGGAGCGGAGCUACCCGCGGAUGUCACCGCGCGUUGGGCAUCGCGUAGAGCGUCUUUGGCCACCUCAGAGGAGCAACUCGACAUUUUAUGCUCGCGCGACGAUCGAUCGAUUUUUACUUUAGCGGCUAAAGCGGCAAAAGCAAGUAGCGGUGCAAAUCCAUUCCGUGCACUCGCGUUUAGCGCUCUCUCUCUCUGUGUGGAUGCAUCCGGCGACACCGCUCGCGCCUCGAAAUUGCGCGAAAAAGCUUUAGCGUUGGAUCCGAGCGACGAGAUUUCAGGACCAAUUGAAACGAACUCCUCUUCUCCUGAAAGAUGUCGAGAAGUUUGUGAAAACGCCAUAAAGUGGAAUCCAAACUGUAUAUGGGCAUCUGAACGACUUGCGAGCGAUAGGGAUCCACACGUGGCGCUUUCGGCGUUGAAAAUUCUGAUUCGCACGAAACGCGAGAGUGUCGCGAUGUGGACGAAUAUGGGCGAUUGUUAUCGAAAGUUGGAUAGAAAGUCAGCGGCGGUCGAUGCGUUGGAAAAAGCUGUUACGUUGUAUAAGCAACGAGACCCGGUUGCCGAUGCGAGUCUUAGAGACGCUUUAUACGCCGCGACAGUUGCAGGUAACAUUUCGUUACAGCUCGGAAAUCUCGAGCGCGCGGAGUUGUCGUACAAAAUCGCGCACGACAUUUUCCUCAACGCUUCUUCCACGGGUAGCAGCGAUAAAGGAGGUGUUCUCGUUCCAAUCCUAAUUGGACUUGCGAGAUGUUUCGUGUUGGACGCGUCGGGAUCAGCCAUGCGCGGCGCGACGGCAAGAUGUGAGCAAAGUGCGAAAGAGUGUGUCGCGUACGGCGAGAAAGCGCUCGUCGCGAUCAACAAUGACGCAGCGGUUUUAGCGACAUCAUCAAAUACAAAGAAGUAUGCCGUCGUCGAACGCGUCGUUCGAACGCUUUUAGGCGAAGCGCACUUAUUGAUGAACAAUUUCGACUCAGCCGCGAGUGAAUUCAAAAAGUGUGUGGAACUUUUCCCGGAGCUUGCGUCGACGCGAGAAAAUCUCGCUCGGGCGUUGUUGUUGUUCGCUUCUUCUUUACCACGAGGUGACGAUGAUGCUACUUCGAAAGCAAAAUCGGCGUGCAUCGAUUACGCGAGCGCGGAAGGCUCCGAUUUCUCCGCCGCCUGGCGCGCACUCGCUAAGAUUCCUCGAGGGAAAGAUGAAGAAGACGACGCUUCGUAUUUUGGUCGCGUCGAAACGUGUUUGUCCCGCGCGGUAUCUUUAGGCGUCUCGCAGAACAAAGCGACUGUCUGGGCAUCUCUCGCGCAGUUAUACAAAACUGCCGCAGAUGCUCGACGACAAAAAAGUAGUGGUGCGGAAGAUAUCAUCGAAGAACUCGAACGCGCCGCCGCGACGUGUCUCGAUAAAGCCCGCACUCUGAAUCCGCACGAAGGUGUCGCGUGGAUUCACACUGGCGAAGAGAUUUUGAGCAAAAGCGUUUUUGGCGAAGACGAAGGAAAUAGUAGUGUUUAUUACGAGAAAGCCGCGAAAGCGUUCGAUGUCGCCACAAAGUGUGCGUUUGAAGACGCAGAGCACGCGCGCAUCGCCGACGCCAAGUUUUCGGCGACGGCGGCAGUUGCCGUCCUUUCGGAAGAUAUUCACAACACACACAGAUACGAGAAUAUCGCAGCCGCAAUUCGAGCGGCGAGAGCGCGAACGAACGAUCCGGUCGCACACUGGUCGCUCGCGAUGGUGUGCGAACGAAGAGGAUUGAUUGAUAUGGCAAAAGAGGCGUUUGAAAACGCAUUGGACGGUGUUCUUAAUGGUGAUACUUCGACUCUAGAUUUCACGUUCGGUUACGGCGAGAGCGAUGAGUGUCGAAACGCAAUAACUGAUGCCUGCAAGGAAGGUUUAGAGCGUCUGGAAAAGAGGCGAGCAAUGACGAGUGCCGCGCAAAAUGAUCUCAAUGAUGGAGCUUGCGCGACGUACGCGUCGCUCAAGCGACGUUUGCAAAACGCCAUUCGCGAAGACCCUUCUAACGUCCACGCGAGAGUGCAUCUCGCGCAGUUACUGUUAGCACGAGAAGAAGAUGAUGACGACGAAACUUUUCUCGCUUUGAACGUGGUAUCCGAACCGAGAGCACCUUUUCUUAACAACGCGGGAGGUAAAGGUGAUUUCCGAGAACAAAGUUCCGUCGCACGAAGCGUCGCGUGGUCUUGCAUCGCCAACUCUCCAGCAUACGUGUAUCCCGUAAAAAGUGAUGAUAUUGAAAGCGAUAAAACAAGAUCAGAAGUUCUUUUUCGUCGCGCAAAUCGCAUGGCUGCCAUUGCUACGGUUCUAAACCCGGGUGACGCGCGAAACCAAGAUGUCCUUCAGACGUGCUUGAAUCGCCUUCAGUUGCGUCCUCGAGCGAGCGGUCGAGUAUCGUCUUUCAACCUCGAUGACGAAAAGAUGCUUCGCGAUUUGUCGAAAAUGGCAGAAUCUGAUCCAAGGAGCAAUGCAGAAACUAUUGCUUCUGCCAGACUCGCGUUGGCGGCAAAACUCGCGCAGUCCGAGGAAAAAGAGAAACGCAAAGAGGCAAAGAAACACGCGACUCGCGUAAGUCAAACGAAUAGCAAAACAGAAUUAGACGAACAAGAACGAGAAAUUAACAACAUUAAAAUUAGCGAACGAUUAGUGCGAGCGAGCGGAUGUUUCCUCGCUGGCAGCGAAUUAUAG